AUGUUCUAUCUUGCAGCUCUCAUUGGAAUAUUCUCGGCAGAAGCAAAUUACUUGCCACCUUUCACUGGAAAUGGUAACGGGAAUACAAAUGGAAAUGGAGUAUAUAGAAACGAUAAUGGAAACGGUAAUGGCGUCAAUGGAAAUGGAAAUGGUGUAUAUGUUAAUGGAAAUGGUGUAAAUGGAAAUGGGGCAUAUGUUAAUGGAAAUGGUGUAAAUGGAAAUGGGGCAUAUGUUAAUGGAAAUGGUGUAAAUGGUGUGAAUGGAGCAUUCAGAAGUGGAAAUGGAAAUAGUGUAUACGUUAAUGGAAAUGGUGUAAAUGGCAAUGGAGCAUAUGUUAAUGAAAACGGUGUAAAUGUUAAUGGAGUGUAUGCUAAUGGAAACGGUAUAAACGGAGGAUAUCACAACGGAAAUGGAGUGACCGUGUACGCCAAUGGCAUUGUGGAUCCCUUCAGAGCUCUAGCUGAUGCCAUUGGCGGUGGAGGCGUCCCAGGUGUGGACUACCCCAUUCUGGCCUUCGUCCCCUCCACCGGGUUCUCCUGCAACGGCCAACUUCCUGGAUAUUAUGCUGAUACUUCUCCUGAGGCUGGCUGCCAGGUGUUCCAUAUCUGUCAGGCAGGAGGCAGGAUCGAUUCGUUCCUUUGUCCCAACGGCACAGUGUUUAAUCAGCAAUACUUCGUGUGCGAUUGGUGGUACAACUUUGACUGUUCCACGGCUGAACAGUUCUACGGUUUGAAUGCUGAGAUUGGCAAGGUGAAUGGAAAUGGAUACACGAACGGCAAUGGAUAUACCAAUGGUAAUGGAAAUGGUGUUAUCAACGGUAACGGAAAUGGCUACAGCAAUGGCAAUGGGAAUGGAGUUACUAAUGGUAACGGAAACGGAUACACCAACGGCAAUGGGAAUGGAGUUCUAAAUGGUAAUGGUAAUGGAAAUGGAUACACCAACGGUAACGGAAAUGGCUACACAACGGGAACGGAGUUAUCAAUGGCAUACACCAACGGUAACGGGAAUGGUUACACCAACGGUAACGGGAAUGGUUAUAGUAACGGUAAUGGCUACACCAAGAAUGGAAAUGGUAUUGUCAAUGGUAACGGAAAUGGAUAUACGAAUGGAAAUGGUAACGGGUAUAGCAAUGGCAAUGGUAAUGGUGCUACCAACGGAAACGGUAAUGGAAACGGCAAUGGUAAUGGGAACGGUAAUGGAUAUUACUACGGUGCCCCUAAUGGUAACGGGAAUGGUAAUGGUGGAGCGACAAAUGGCAAUGGCAUUAAUGGACUCUAUCACACGCUGAGCUUCUAA